AUGAGUGAUUCAAUAGAAAAUCCUACAACUCAAGAAAUAAAAUUACAGCAGGACAUUUUAGAACUGAAAACUAUACGAGUGUUCUCUGGAACCUUCAAUGUUAGCGGACAAGACGUGACAGAAUCUCUUUCACCUUGGCUCCAAUGUGAUUACGAUAUCGAUAUUUAUGCCAUUGGAUUUCAAGAAUUAGAUCUGAGUGUAGAAGCGUAUUUGGUAUAUGAUGGUACGAGAGAAUCUAAUUGGACUACCGCUGUUUUGCAAGCUUUAGGUGAUAAAGCUGAUAAUUAUUGGAAGAUCAUGUCAAAACAACUGAUCGGAAUGCUUCUUAUAGUCUUAGUGAAAAAAGUACAUGCGCCAUACGUUAAAGAGAUCAAAUCCGAUUGUGUCGGUGUCGGGUUAAUGGGCAUGAUGGGUAACAAAGGUGGGGUAGCUAUUCGAUUCCGAUUUUAUGAUUCAUACCUAUGCUUUGUAAAUUGUCAUUUAGCAGCUGAUCCUAAUGGACUCGAAAGAAGGAAUCAGGAUUAUUUGGAUAUCUGUCAGCGAAUCACUUUUCCUAUUAAUAUGAGUGAAGGUUAUUCAUCAUUAUAUGGUUGGGUUGGUGAUUAUAUACCCCCAUAUGCCAAAAAUGCAGUUGCUGGUAUGGGAGGGAUGGUAGGUAUUAGUGGAAAUACAAGCACAGCGCCUAACGAUAAUAAAGUAGGUGCGGGUCAGGUUAUGCCCAUAUUUGAUAACGAUCAUUUGAUUUGGAUGGGAGAUUUAAAUUAUCGAAUAGACAUGUUAUCAGAACCUGAGGUAAAAUCUAUGUUGGAAGGAAAUAAGACAAAAUUAUUAUUGAAGUUUGAUCAGUAUGAUUUUGGAACAAAUGAAUGGGACACUAGCGAAAAGAAAAGAACUCCUGCAUGGACGGAUAGAAUAUUAUGGAGAAGUCAGGAUAAUGAAUGGUGUAAAUUACUCCGAUAUAAAAGUCAUAUGAAAAUUGCAUUAAGUGAUCAUAAGCCUGUGAGUGCAAUUUUUGAAUUGAAGAUUAAAAUAUGUGUGAGGGAUGAUUGGAUCAUAUUAAAAGAUAACAUGUAUGAACAGCAUACAGAAGUAAAUAAUAUUCCGACAAACUUAAUACAGGAGAGAGAGGAGAAUGCUGAAUGA